AUGGCCUCACAGCCAGCUGGAGGCCAACGCCAGCAUGGGAACCAUACUAAUGGUCUCAUUCGAAAAGACCGCGAGGGUCCAGGCGUGGACAAAUCCAGCCGUCGGCCUACACUUGCUGCGGACGACGCGGACGCUGCAAACAUACUGCAGGCGUGGGACAGGGCAAGGGCAGCCCAGGAUGCCGGACUGCAGCGCUGUGUACAUACUGACUCUGGGGUAGGGCCGGAAGUCAGCAGAGCAGCAGCAGGUAGCCCAGGUGUCGAGGCGCGAAGCUCUGAUGCUUCGCCCCGGGAUUGGGUCCAGCGAGCUAAGCAGCGGCGGAACAGCUACAGCGUUCCCCAGACCAAAGGUAUACCAGACCUCCUCCUACCGGGGCCGGUCGCUUCCGUCAGCCAGCAGGGUACACCGGUGUUACUGCCGUCGGACGCUCCGCCACCGCAGCCAUACCGGCGAUUACCACCGCGGCGCGCAACACUUGAUGAUCUGAAGGCGGACCUCUCCCAGGCCAUCAGCAACAGCGGCGCCGCCGCUUCUUCUGCAGCGGCGCCACAGCCCACGACGCCAUGGGCGAGCGUAGCGAUCCUGGGGCAACAUGCGGCGUUGCCGGGGGGAAGCCAAGCGCCUGCCUCUCCUAAGCCGCCGUCUUUAUCGGGUAGAGAUGGAACGCCGACGAGCAGCAGCGGUCAGCAUGCGCUGGCAGCCACCGGUGCAGGGGACGCUGGAGGCACGGUAGAUGCUGGUAUUCGGCGCAAAAUCAUCAAGAUGAUUUCGAUUCAGCGUACGAAGCAACGGUCGAUGGCGGGGAACGCAAAGCCCGGGGCGCAGGUCAUUCAGCUCCCGGAAAUUCAGGGCCCAGCCACGGUGACGAUUGGGGAUACGGACGAGGAGUUGGAGCCCGCUGCAGGCGGCUCUGUGGAGGCACCGGGGUCAACGGGACAGGGCUCCGCAGCGGCAGUGGUAUCGGCGCAAGCAACGUCGCGGCCGGUUCCGCAUGACUCGGAUGACGAGGACGUCGAGGAUGUGCGGCCAAGCGGGCCCCCGGCGGGCGUUUGGAACAUGGGCAGCAACGUGGUGGGCCCGAGCACCAGCGAGUUGCGCAUGAUGGGCGCCGCAAGUAGUGUCUCGUUUAAGAAGAACACUAUGAAGCAGGGUGUGCUACGGCCGCUGUCGACGCUGCCGCCAUUCGUUCCGAGGCUAUUCAUCGAGGACAUCACGCUCAACCACGAAAAGUACCGGGGGUUUGAUGCAGCUGGACGCGACCUCACCGCUGCGUCCAAGACGCUCCAGCCCUCCAUCAUCGAGCUGCAGGCGAGUCCACCCAUAGCGUCCAGCACACCCUCGGUGAUGAUUGCGGACGUGACGGGGUUCACCAAGCUCACAGAAAUCCUCUCCAAGAAAGGCACUUCGGGCGUGGAGCUUCUGACAACCUGCAUGAACAACUACUUCACCCGUGCGAUCAACAUGAUCAUGGCGUUUGAGGGCGACGUUGUCAAGUUUGCCGGCGACUCGAUGAUCGUGCUCUUUUACCCCAACGAACACGAGCGGCGCCACGCCGACAAGGGCCUCCGCGCGAGUACUCUGCGCAUGAUGUCCUGCGCGCACCAGCUCGCCACCAAGCUAGGGCACAUGCGCAUGAAGAUGAACGGCCAAGCGGCUCCACCGCCUCUGGCGGCGACGUCAGCGCUCAUGUCCGCGCCCCUGCCGUCGAUGCUCCUUCCCGGCGUCAGCAACGCCGUGCCGUCGGCGGAGAUGGAGGGGGCUGCGGAGGGGAUGGCGUCUGAUGGGCCUGCUCGGAAUUACAGCGGGCCGUUCAUCACUGUCGGGUCGCGGCGCAUCGUACACGGCGACUCGCCGCGCAGCAGCGCUACGAACCAGGCACUGCCGCCGACGCCUGGCGGAGGCGGCACUGGUGAGGAGGGGAGCUCUGCCGCGACGGACGCAGUGUCGCGGGUGCUGGAUGGGCCGGACUUGGCGUUGGGCGGCAGCGGCAGCGCAAGCGGCGGCGGUGGUGGUGCCGGCGGCAAUGGUAGUUUGCCACGGAAGCGCGGCAAGAGCUGGAACUUAAUGGCGAACAUCCUGAAAAUGAGGACGGCGUUGCCGCGGCGCAGCGACGCCUAUGGGGGAGCAGGAUCCACGCCUUCGGCUGCAGCGUCCUCCAGUGGCCCCUCCCGGGCGUCUUUUGAGAAGAACGAGGCGAAAGCCGCAGCUCGGCUCACGGCACGCGAGCGCGCGAAAACAGAGACCGGCUUGGGUCUGGCGCUGCGCGGCGGAGGCGGCCUGGGCGGUAGCGGCGGCGCCGCUGCCGACGGCGGAGGCGCCAGCGGCGGGGCCGGACUGUGGGCCGGCGGCGAAGGCGUCCCUCGCGCGAGCUUGUCGACUUCGCCACUUACUACCAUGGGCAGUGGCGGUGGCGCAGCCAUUGCCGCUGCUGCUGGCGGCGCAUCACCCAACGCGACGCUGGCGUCCGGGGUGUACCCUGGUAGCGGCAGUGCUCUUGCCAACCUAGCGAACAGCCCGUUGACACCCGCGUCCGGAUCUCCCCGGAGCUUCACAGAGCAGGCUGCCGCCAGUGGCGGCUCUUUCCGGCGAGCGCCGCUGGGUGGCCGCAGCGAGCGACGCAUCGCCGGCGGCCCCGCGGGGCUGGUGGUGGGAGCCGGCACGGGCGACUGGCGGUCCAAGCUCCAGAACCUGAGCACUGCCAUUGUGAACGCACCUGGCGGCACGGCGCGCAGUCGGCUGAGCGAGAGCGCCCGGGCGGUGCGGUGGGACACAGUCCAGGAGGAGGAUGCCUUGGCCGAGGACGCUGCAGGCGUGGUGGGCAGUGGGUCCGGGGAUGAGGACGCGGAGGAGGAGGAGGAGGAAGAGGAGGACGCGAGCUACCCGCCCAUACAGGCUGACUCCCAAGGUGGUUCCGGCUCGUCCAGUCCACAGCGCGCGCACAGUCUUAUUAACGCCCGCGGAAGCGGACAGAGCAGCGGCGGCGGCGCCGAAGGCGCCGCCGCCGCCGUCGGAGGCGGCAGCGGCUCCGGCGGCGGUGGCAGCGGAUCCGCUGGGCCGCUGCCUGUGGCUCAGCCAUCGGAUCGGGUGUAUUCCCCUGUGGGCAGCCAGAGCUCUGGAGUGGCUGGUCGGAGCGUGCAUGCGGUGGAUUUGCGGCGGAAGCUGCUGCUGCGGGCGAGCCAGUCGGACAGGGAUGACAUGCACUUGCGGCGCGGAGGAGGGUCGCAGCGAGAUGACGCGUUGUCGACCGGGCCGGGGCCGGUGGCCGAGGCUUCAACCGACUCUACGGGUGCUACGUCAGUGGAAUCCAUGCCAACCUCGUACGAUGGCCCCUUGCUGAACUACGCCGACUCGGCGGCGGUGGCGACGUCCGAAGGCUCCGUAAGGCCUGUUGGGCCGUCAUGGAGUCCGGGCCCUAGCUCCGGCUUGGGACCAGGACCCGUGGCGGAGGCCUCCGAAGACGUGGGACAUGGACGCAGCCGCGGCUACAGCGACACAGAUGCGAUGAGCUCCCCCCACGGCGGGGCCCCUGCGGAGUCCAAGCAGGCAAGCUUUAUGUCCAAGGUCGUCAACUGGUUCAGCGCCAAUGCGCGGAACCGGGGCGGUUCGUACGUGGACUCCUUUUCGCACAUGGGUCCCCAACCCGGUGCCGGUGGCGGCGGGGGUACCGCCUCCGGCGGCGCCGGAGGCACCGGCGGAACCGGCGACGCCCAGUCGGAUGCGCAUGGCAGCCAGCCACCCAGCGGGCCGGCGUCCGCGUCCAACUCCUUCAACUACACGACGGGACUGGCGGGCAUUGCGCGGGUUGUGCCGCCUCCGAACCUGGGCCCGGGCAAUGGCCCGUUGGGCAAGGCGCCACGCGGCGAUCCCAUCAUGGAGGAGGUGUCCAACUCGCGGCUCAGCCUCAAGGUGAUGACCAGCGCUGGCAGCGUGUGUGUCUUCCACGUGGGUGGUGGAGUGGACGAGGUGACCGACCCGAUGUUGCCGGAGGUGCCCCGCUGGGAGUUCUUCAUCGGGGACCGGCCGCUGGCGCCGCUGCUGGACGCCAACCAGCGCCGACGCUGCAUCAGCCAGGUCGCUGCCAUAGAGGACCAAGCGCGGGCGGGCAGUGUGGUGGCGAGCAUUGAGGUGGUGGAGCUCAUCCAGGGCGAGUGGGAGGUGCUGCCGCUGCCGGACAACGUGUGGAGGGUGGUGGGGCCCGCGCAGCCGGCACCCCAAGCCCAAUUGCGGCUGAGCCACACGAGCAUGCGCACCUCCGCCACUUCUCACACGCCUAACUGGCGCAGCAGCGACGUCGGUGUGGGCACGGGGAUGCUGGUCGGCAGCUCCAUCCUUCCGCAGAUGGCGGAGACGCCCAUCAUGGCGGCUGAGGCGCCGCAAGGGGGGGAGGCGAUGGAGGACCUGGCGACGCUGCAGGCGCUCCGCAUGACCAGCUCCGCUACAAACGGUCAGCCGGGAGGUGUUCCCAGCUCCGUCGGACAGCCCUCCUAUGGCCUGGGGGCCGUGGGUCACCAAUCCCUUGCCGCCUCGCUCAACGGCAGCAGCGAUCGACCUACGAAUGGCAGCGCCGCGGCGGCAGCGCAGCUGCCGCCCCGCCUGCGCCACGAGUUCGUCAACCAGGCGGAGCACGUGCAACGGCGCAUCGCGGGCCUGCUGCGAAUGCACGUGUUGGGCAGUGUGCGGUUUCGGGUGGAGGCGGGUCACCUGGACUUCAUCAACGAGAUUCGGCCUUUGACGUGCAUGUUCCUGGGGUUCCCCAGCUUGCUGCAGCCGCGCGACGACGUAGCCCAUCGCGACCAGGUUCAGUGCGUCCAGUUCGCCUACACCAGCGUCCAAGCCGUCAUGCGGAAGUGGGAUGGCAGCUUUCUGCAGUUUCGAAGCGACGAGAAGGGCUUCGUAGGCAUCUGCGCAUUUGGACUGCCAGGCCACACCCACGAGGACAAUCCCGCACGCGGCAUCCGUGCAGCGUUGGAACUGGCCAGCACCAUUCGGGCUGGGGGGCACACGGUUUCGAUUGGCGUGACGACGGGCGACUUGCUGUGCACAUGCGUGGGUGCGCGGAAGCUUAGGUCAGAGUACACGGUCUUUGGCGACGCGAUCAAUUUGUCGGCACGGCUGAUGGUCAAGUGCAAGAAGGACCCGUCCAUGGGGGAGAUCUUGUGCGAUGAGCCCACGUACCUUCGCGCCAAGUACCAGGCGUCCUUCUUGGAGCUCGAGAGGCUGCCCGUCAAGGGAAAGGCACAGCCGGUGCUCGUAUACAGAGUGGAUGCGCACGACGCCGACGCGGAGGCCCAGGCGGCGCAGCAGCGGCGUGAGGCGGCGGAGGUGAGCAGCGGCGAGCGGCCGCUCAUCGGCCGCGAUGCGGAGAUGACGUUGACGCUCAACCAGGCGGCGAGCAUGAUCAGCGGACUUUCACAUGGCGGCAUCAUCAUCAUUGAAGGCAACACGGGCAUGGGCAAGACGAAGCUGCUUAUGGAGAUCCGCAAAAGCUUAGAGCGCAUCAACACUGACACCUCCAUCAGCUCCCGACCCGCCUUCCACAUGGUAUUCGGCAUGGCUGACACCGCCAACAAGUCGCAGAAGCUACACCCCUGGCGCCGGGUCUUUCAGGAGCUGUUUGCUCUGGAUCUGAAGCUGAAAAACUUGGGCACAGUCAGCGUCACCUCCACUUCGGGGACUUCGUCGCAGCAGGGCCAGCGACGGACGGGCGGUAGCGGAGCGGGGCCACCGAACAGCCAGGGCGGUGUGGCUUGCACACAGGGCCGCCGGAGGGGCACGGAGGACGGGCCGGGCUAUGCGGUCUUCACGGGGCUGGGCGAGCGGCUCAGCAGGGUGCCGAACUAUGACACGGAGUGGCGGCAGCACCUGGCUGAGCUGCUCGACCUGCCUCUGGCCUCCAUUCCGUUGGGGAGCUUGGAAGCGGAGCAGGCGCAGUACGCACAACAUGACAGGGUGGCGGGCAGCCAGGGGCAAGGUCACGAGCAGGCUGCUCAAAGCGAGGGGGCUGAGCAGAAUAUCAGCGGCAGCGGUGCUGGUGCUGGUGGUGGUGGUGGUGGUGGUGGCAGCGGCAGCGGCGGGUCUGGCGCCAACGGCGUGGCUGCCGGGGUGCCGGCUUUGGCGAUGGGGCCGGAGGGGCGGGAGCUGAUGUUGCCGCCGUCUGUCGCGGGUGGCAGCAACAACGCCAAUGCCAAUCCUGCAGCGGGCAGCAGUAUGCUUCGCUCUCCGGCACCGUGGCGUGCACCCAGCAUGCGACACGCCAGUAUGACCAUGGCGGGCACUCCGCCUGUGCUGCUGGAUGCGCACACGCACGCCAGCACCAUCAAUAUUGGCUCCGCCGCGGCUGCAGCUGCGGCGGCGGCCAUUGGCGGCGGUGGCGGUGGCGGGGGUGGCGCUAGCGACACGCCGUCGCCUCAACCUCACGGCCAGGCACAGGCCCCGCACAACAGCCAAGUGGGGGCACCCAUCCGCAAGAACAGCCUCAACUUCUUGGUGCAUGUCAUGCAGGAGUUCAUUUCUCUGUACGGUCCCACCCUGACUUUGUUGGAGAACCUUCACGACUUUGACACGUGGUCCUGGCAGCUGCUGGUGAAGGCGGCGGAGCUCAUACCCGCGGAUUGCAUGAUCCUGGCCACCACACGACCCAACGACCUGCCGGCGGUGGGAUCCAGCCAUCACCUCCAUGGCAAGGCAGCGCUGUACCAGAAGGUGGCCAUGAUGUACCGCCACCUACUCAAGCUGCCUGCAGCCACACGGAUUGUGUUGGAGCCCUUCAACUUUGCACAGACCAGGAGCCUCAUGCAGGUUGUGGCUGAUGUGAGCUACCCCGACCAGUACGUGCUGGCGGUGAUGGAGAAAACGGGCGGCAUGCCGCUGUACAUUGAAAAGGUCACGGAGUUUCUGUGCCAGAGCCAGAAACCCUGGCUGCCUGACCAAGGGGGGGAAUUCUCAGCCAACGUGAAUAAGAUGAUCCGAAACCUCAACUUUCAACAGGUCAUUAUCGAACGCAUGGACCGCCUCAAGCCCGGCAUUCACCUCACGCUCAAGGUGGCCUCCGUGAUGGGGCAGUGGGUUGACCUGGACAUCCUGCACAAGUUCUAUCCGAUCAACAAGAGCAAGGAGGAGCUGCGGGCGCACCUGCAGGAGCUGGAAAGAGGUAACUUCCUCAAGGCAACGGACGCGGAGGGCGUGUGGGAGUUCAACAUGGUCGAGCGGGACAUUGUAUACGAGGUCAUUCCCCACUACCAGCGCCGCCGGCUGCACGCCAAACUAGCACAGGAGCUUGAGAAGUCUCUGGAGGAGCAGCACGUGGCCACUCUCACCACCAUCGCCUAUCAUUGGAACCAGGCCUGCAUGGGGCACGAGGUGGCGGAGGUGGAGUGCUCGCUGAAGGCCAUUGAGUUCUGGCACCGCGCUGCGGAGGCGGCCUACUCAGGCAGCAGUCUCAUGGAAGCGCUCAAGCUCUACCAGAAGGCGGCCCAGAUCGCAGAGGUGCUGGCGGAGAGUAUGGGCGGCAGCAUCACGGGGACACACCACCAUCACCACUUGCUCACCAAGGGGCAUGGUGACCGUCACGGCGACGGGGGGCUGUCAGGUCCCGGCACUGGUGGCCGCGACGGCAACAGCCUAGAUGGGCGCAUUGACGCCACCGACCAGUCCUUCACUGCGGUGGGCUCGGCCUUCCGCGGGCAGCUCAACUGGUCCCUCAUCAGCCGACUCAGUCGGAGCCAGUGGGAGAAGUCCAUGGCCUCGUGCUGCCUAGGCAUUGUCCUGCAGCACCGCUACGAGUUCAACACGCAGCUAGAGUACUGGGACACGGAGGACUACUUCCGCCUGCUCACUGAACACGCCAUCCGCGGUCUGAUGUUGCUGGGGGCACCGCACCCCAAUGAACUGUUGAAUGAGAAGGGCAGCGGAGCCAGCGGCGCUGCGCAGCACGGGUGGCACUCGGGGCUGGUGCUGCAAGACAGCGAGGUUCAGGAGAUCCGGGACAUAUUGCUGGUGCUCAUUAUUGCAGCAGAGCACUACAGCCUUCAGCACGACGGCGGGGAGUACACGCGGCUGCUUACGUUCUGCAAGCGGGUCUGCAAAUAUUUCAACAAGUGCAGCGACUCGGGCACGGAUCCCUUUCUGGACAUCCGAAGCGCCUGCUCCACCCGCAUCAAGAACUACAAGGCCAGUCGGGCCCUGCAGACGACACUGGACUUUGGCGUCAGCCAGGAGCCAGCGUUGGAGGCGGCAGCGGCUCGAAAUGCCGCGGUGGGGCAACCUCUGAUGAUGCAAUUGCACGUGCUGCGUAUGCGGCGAGCGAGGAGAUCAGCCGGUUAG